UUAAAUAAAUUACAGCAACGAUCCUUAAAGUAUGCAGUCCCAUUGGAACACGCUUAAACUUUGUUCUCUUACCAAAUUCUGACUUGCACCAAAAAGAAAAAAAAAGUUUAGGUUUCUGUUUUCUUCUUCCCCUCUCUAACUAAGUGAUGGAGACUUCAAGGGGUUCGCGUCCGGCUGGAGACAGAGUUCUAGCUCCAGGUUUUAGGUUUCAUCCAACCGACGAGGAACUGGUUGUCUAUUAUCUCAAGAGAAAGAUUCGCCGCAAGAAACUUAGAGUUGCUGCAAUCGGCGAGACGGAUGUUUACAAGUUUGAUCCCGAGGAGUUGCCCGGCAAAGCGUUGUAUAAUACUGGAGAUCGUCAGUGGUUCUUUUUCAGCUCGAGGGACAGGAAACAAGGAGGCAGGUCAAGCAGAGCAACUGGCCAUGGAUACUGGAAAGCAACAGGGGUGGACAGAGUCAUCAAGUGCAAUUCUCGUCCCGUUGGAGAGAAGAAGACGCUUGUUUUCCACAGAGGCAGGGCUCCCAAGGGAGAGAGGACUAACUGGGUCAUGCACGAGUACACCUUGCACAAAGAGGAACUCAAGAUGUGUGGAGAUGUUACGCAUAAUUAUGUUCUUUACAAGAUUUUUAAGAAGAGCGGGUCUGGUCCUAAGAAUGGUGAACAGUAUGGAGCUCCUUUUGUUGAAGAAGAGUGGGCUGAGGAUGAUGAUGAGGUCGAUGAGGCUGAUGCAGUCCAUGUUCCUACAAAUCAGCUCAUGGUUUCAGCUGGUAUGGGAAAUAAUAAUAACAUAUGGGCGGAUGGUGGUGGGCUUAACCAGUCUGAGUUGAAUGAAAACGACAUUCAAGAACUGAUGAGACAGGUUACCGAAGAGACUGGAGUGAGCUCUCAUGUGGCAAAUGAUAAUCCGGUAAACUUGGCAGAAGAUGAGUAUUUGGAAAUUGACGAUCUUUUGCUCCCUGGACCUGAACCAUGUUAUGUGGAUCAAGAAGAGUCUGCUGUGCUGAAUGGUAAUGAUUUCUUUGAUGUUGAUUCAUAUAUUGGUGAUUUUGAUGCCACAAAUCCUCAGACAGAGCCUGUCGGUGUUGUUGGUUUGAACAAUGGGGUUGUACAUAGUCUUCCAGUGACUGACCAGGCUAAUAACAACCAGUUUCAACAGCAAACAUGGAAGAACCAAGAUAGCAACUGGCCACUCCGUAACAGCUAUACCAGAAAGAUAAGUAGUGAAUCGUGGACGCAUGAGCUGAUAAACAAUGAUGAAGUUACUGUUUGCGGAUAUGGUGAGACCCCUGGUACAGGUGACGCAUCUGAAUUCACAAACCCUCUGACUUGUGCUGUAAAUAUAGCAAAGGGAGAAGAAGCCACAAAAGACGAGUCAAGUCAGUUUACUUCUAGUGUAUGGUCUUUCCUGGAGUCGAUUCCUGCAAGUCCAGCAUUUGCUUCAGAGAGUCCAAUCGUUAACCUGAACAUAGUCAGGAUAUCAAGCCUUGGUGGCCGCUACCGGUUUAAUUCUAAAAGCACAAGUAGCAAUGUUGUUGUAAGGAAGAAGUCUGGAGAAAACAACAAGGAGAAGAACCACAAGGGUUUCCUCUGCUUAUCUAUCAUUGGGGCUCUGUGUGCUUUAUCUUGGGUGAUGUUGGGAACAAUGGGAGUUUCAGGAAGGUCUUUGCUGUGGUGAGAACCCUAAUCUCAAAGACAAUGUGGACAUCAACAGAAAGAAUGGCUUAGAGUUGGGUUUAGCAUGAGCCUUAACCAAGUUAAAUCUUUUGUAAUUGUUUUACUAGCUUUAGAAUCGUAAACUGUUUAGUAUCGGUUUGUUGUUUUGGUUUGAACCUUUAUGCAGAAAACAAAGCUUUAUAACCA